AUAACGAUGAGAAGAUGGCUCUCUCAAACGGGAUAAACAUCGACGACGAUGAGCUACUGGACCAGGUGAUAGAGGGCAUACCGCUGCAAAAUUUCCGUACCCAGGCACGGAUCCAAUGCUUCUCUACUCCAUCGGAGAUGCUACGCGCAUUUUUGAACAUCCGUUUGCCAGCUCGGAGGGAGCCACCUGUACAGCCAACCAACUACAAAGAUGCCAUACGAUGCGCAAACUGUAAUUCAAGAGGACACAAAGCUGACAUCUGCAAGAAGCCCAAACGUGAACCAGGUUCGUGCUACGCCUGUGGACAACUUGGACACCUGGUGGCACAAUGUCCCACAAGGAAGAGCGUUUCAACUAAUAAUUAUAAUGCCUCAUAGACUCUGGCAGUCCUAUAUCUAUCAUUAAAAAGUCACUUAUUA